UCAUGAGCGCGGAAGAAAGUGUAGUGAAGGUGGAGGAAGAGCAAGAGGACUCCUCUCCGCCGGAAAAUGGCUCACCACAGGGAUGUCCGAUGGCUAAGCGCAGGAGAGUGGAACAAGAUCCGAACGUUUCAGACCCACAAGAGGACGAUGCAGCGGCCGCAACGGCGGUGGCGGUGGCGAAUCUGCGAGAGUUUGAUGUGCUGGACGAGGUGCAGGGCGAUAACUCGGAUGAAGAUUCGGAAACUGGCGGUGGUGAAGAGAUGGAAGAAGGCAGCACGGAAGGAUCGGACGUUAACUACGAGGAUAUCGAAUCCAUGCUGGACGAGGGACUGCCGGAGGAGCUCCGCAAUGCCAACAAAAAGCAACCGUACGAGGAACGGUUCAAGCAGGUGCUGGACGAGAAGGGACGCAACCAUUUCGAGGUCCUUCCGGAGGGUUGGGUUCAGGCCACGCACAUGAGUGGCAUGCCGCUGUAUCUACACAAAGCGUCGCGAGUCUGUACCGCAUCCCGGCCAUACUUUCUCGGUCCGGGCAGUGUGCGGAAACACGAGAUACCACUGAGCGCCAUCCCUUGUCUGAACUACCGGAAGGCGCUGGAGAAGGAGGAUGAGCUGAAGAAGGAACUAGCGGCGGCGACGGCAGCACGAGCAGCGGCCACACUCACGAAUGGCGCGGAAAAUGGCGAAUCACAGGAAGAAGGAACGGCGGAGGAAGGUGACGGUGUUCCGAAGGAACAGAAAACGCUGCACAAUGCGCAGCUUAGCAAAAUGAUUGCAGGAGCUACGAGUGUGGCCGAAGCGCAAGCCAAUGCCAAACUGUUGCCCUUGAAGGUGAGCGCCAAGAUUGAAACCGUCACGGAAAACCUAAAAGCCCAAUCACUAUCGGCGGAUGCGGUCGUGGAGUAUUGCAAGCAGCUGUUUCACUUCAAAACGGUUCGCGUACUGCGGUUUAAAUCGUGGGCCGCAAGGCGUAAGUUUACCAAGCACCGGAAACACAUAAAGAACCUACAGCGACCGACGUUGCCCGAUGGAACCAAGCUUAUUACCUUCCCGAUGCUCAACAUGGAAGAUGAAGCGGGCAAUCCGCAUGCACGGCCUAAGAAAGAGUGGAUCAUGAACCCGAAUGGCAAGAGCUACGUUUGCAUACUCCACGAGUACGUGCAGCAUGCACUGCGUAAGCAACCGACGUACGAGUUUAAGGAACUGGAAAAUGCUGCCACACCGUACUCCGCCACGGUCACGAUCAACGAGCUCAAGUACGGGACCGGCUAUGGGACGAGUAAAAAACAGGCCAAAAGUGAGGCGGCACGAGAAACACUCGAAAUCCUAAUCCCCGAUAUGAAAGAUAAAAUCACGAGCAAAGAGGCCAAGACUUCUUCGAACGUGGGUACCUCGCAAGGCCAGCAGACAUCGGAUCUGCGUGAGUUGUCUGUAUUUGAUGAAAUCAAAAUCGAAGACCCACGAGUGGCCGAAUUUUGCGCUAAAACGACGGAACCAUCACCGCACGCCAUUCUGUUAACGUGCUUGCAGCGUAACUUUGGUCUCGGUGAGGUACACAUCAACUACGAGGUAAACACGAUGAAGCAUCGGAAGAACGAGUUCACGAUGACGGUCGGUAAACAUACGGCCACGGUGGUCUGCAAGAAUAAGCGUGACGGGAAACAACGAGCGUCGCAAGCCAUCUUGCAAAUCCUACAUCCGCACAUCAAAACCUGGGGCUCUCUGCUCCGCCUUUACGGUAACCGAUCGGUGAAAUCGUACAAGGAGAAAAAGCAGGAAGAGCAAGAGAUUACCGUGCUGCAGAGCAAGGCGGCCAUCAAUCAACCGAACUACGCCAUUCUCGAGAAGCUGAAACUGGAAAUGCUCAAGCUUUCCGAGGAUCAGCAAAACGUUCGCGUGAUUGGCAAGUUUGUGCCUCCGUCAGACGUGGAGCUACCGAGUGGCUCAGGUGCGAUUCUAAAGAAUGUUGAGCUUUAAUACGACGGCUCCGGUCGGUGACCAGUGAGCGAAAGUCUCCACGAGGGAGGAAUGUUUCUAGAACCUGUCUUCAUCAUGAAAAAAAUCUCGAAAAUAAGGAACCAAUCCCAUAUCCUUUUGUUGGUGUAGCGCUGGUUGUAGCGUAAAGUUAUUCUCUCCGGAGUACGCGUCUGUCACAGGAAUUAAGCUGGGUCUUAUAUAGGCUAUACGUUAUAGUAUUAGAGGACAACGAAACACACUAUCACUUUGUUUGUUAGAUUUUCUUAGCUAGAUUGCAUUUGUAUUAGGAUCGAACUGGUCAGUUCCAGCGCCAACGCCCCGAAAACCCAAAGCAGCAACCGAUGUAAUAUAGCAUAUUUUAGUUCAGUGGCCAUCUAGCUUAAUACCGCGCACCGUACCAUAAAUACCUCGGUUGUUCAUAAUGUAACAUGCAGACGAAAAAUAGGUAAAACCAUGUAAUCAGUGAGUAUACUAUAAUGCCCUUACGAAAUAGAUAAGAUAAAAGAAAACACACAACAUGCAACAAGCAAUUGUU